AUGUGUCAGAGUAAUUCACAUCAUUUCACUGAGGAUCUCAACUGCAGUACCUGCUACUCAUCUGCUGACAAAGGAGGUUACUUUGCCAGAGUCUUAGAUAUGAAUAACUCAACAGAUUACUGGAUUGAGGAUGAAGAUGAUAAUCUCAACCCUCUUAUAGAUUACAAUACCUAUGAGCUUCUCUGUGAAAAAAGCGAUGUGAGAAAUUUCAGAAAAUUAUUUCUCCCAGUGUUCUAUGGACUGGCUUUCACAGUUGGAGUGGCUGGAAACUCAUUAGUGGUUGCAAUUUAUGCCUACUGCAAGAAACCCAAGACCAAGACGGAUGUGUACAUCAUGCACCUCGCCAUCGCUGAUCUGCUCCUGCUCUUCACCCUCCCUUUUUGGACUGCAAAUGCAGUGCAGGGAUGGGAACUUGGGAACCCAAUGUGCAAGCUCACUUCUUCUCUGUACACCAUGAAUUUCAGCUCCAGCAUGCUGUUCCUGGCCUGUAUCAGCAUGGAUAGAUACAGGGCCAUUUCCAAAUCCCAGGGCUGUAGAAGAGUUGGCAAACACUGCAGUGUUACCUGCAUCUGUGUCUGGCUGGCUGCCAUCUUCCUCAGUAUCCCUGAGCUGAUAUUUAAUCAAGUCAAGAAACACAAUGAGAGGAAUGAAUGCCUUCCUGUAUUUCCUAUGAAUAUGGAAACACUCUUAAAAUCAACCAUUCAAAUCCUGGAAAUUAUCCUGGAAUUUCUGCUUCCUUUCCUAGUAAUGCUGAUCUGCUAUUCUGCUACUGCUCGGGCAAUCUUUAGGUCAGCAAAUGUUAAGAAGUCCAGGCCUUUCAUAGUUCUGCUGGCAGUGGUGGCUACUUUCAUUGUCACCCAGCUACCUUACAACAUCGUGAAGUUGUGGCGUGCCAUAGACAUCAUCUACAUGUUGGUUACAGACUGCGGUGCCAGUAAAACCAUGGAUGUGGCACUGCAGGUCACCAAAAGCAUCGCUUUGUUCCACACCUGCCUCAACCCCCUCCUCUACACAUUUCUGGGCGCCUCUUUCAAAAUGCAUGUCAUGAAAAUCGCAAAAAAUUAUGGGUACUGGACAAGACAACAGCAGAAUGGAAGACCUGAAGAAAUUUCUAUGAAUUAUGAUGACCCUACUGAAGAAACAGUCAGUUUCACUAUAUAG